AAGUCAUUUAAUGGAGGUUCGUCCCGCCCUCCCCCUCUCCGAGAGGACGCUCCCUGCCUCCCAAGUCCGAGUCCGCGCACCAACUUUACGCACGAGUUUUCCUCGGGAACACAGCGGCACUGAGACCUGAGACACAAGGCUGACAGAAGUUACUUUUCACCUGGAAUCAAGCAAAGCCUGAAGAGAAGCUUACUUUGAGAAACUCACUUGGGAGAUUUCAUUGUUGUACUAUUUUAUUCAAAAUGAACAUUCAGAAGACAACGUUGUUUUUAUGUUGGGUGAUUCUGUGCAUGGACAUCUGUCUAAGCCAGAGAGACUGCACAGGUGUGGACUGUCCUGUUCCUCAGAACUGCAUUCAGUCGGUUUUAGAGACGGGUGCCUGCUGUCCCACCUGUACACAGAAGGGCUGCAGCUGUGAGGGUUACCAGUACUACGACUGCAUCCAAGCAGGCUUCAGGAAAGGGAAAGUCCCAGAGGGGGAAUCUUACUUUGUGGAUUUCGGAAGCACCGAAUGCUCCUGUCCCCAGGGAGGGGGGAAAAUAAGCUGUCAUUUUAUUCCGUGCCCUGAUAUUACCCCCAACUGCAUUGAGAUUUUACAACCUGCGGACGGAUGCAUGCAGUGUGGGCGAAUUGGCUGCGCCCAUGGCAGCAAGAAAUAUGAAGCAGGACACUCCUUCCAGAUGGACCAGUGCCAGGUUUGCCACUGUCCAAAUGAAGGUGGAAGGUUAAUGUGUUUACCUGUCCCUGGCUGUGACCCUCGUGGGGUUAAUAAGCCCACGAGGGCUACGACCAUUGAAAACAACAACCCCUUGAGAGCCAUCAGCAGUCGUCACGACGGCCAAAAGACAAGUCCCGUAGAACCCUUUUCCAAGCUGGCGAUGGGAAACACUCUACCACUGUAUAAGCAAGACCCACCCAGUUUUGGCACAGAGGAUUAUGACUAUACACUGGCAGAGCCAACAUCUGCCACAAUCCAAGAUCUGGCCCCACCGCUGGAAUCUACUACAGCACCACCAGCUUACCCAGAGUCAAGCUCCACUUCCUUCGGCGCCCAUGAUGACAGGAGAAAUGAGACGAGAGGAAAAGACAAAAACCCAAAUCCAGCGACGAGCAGUGAGGAUGAAGUCACACGUAACGUUGAUCCAACCACUCAGACCAGUAAAUCAACAUGGUUAACAACUGCAGCCACACAGAGAGUGACCACAGAGAACCACGGGCAGCCGCGGGAAGUUGGUGACAGGACCAUUAGACAUAACAGUGACAGAAACAGAGAGGUGCAGGACACUUUUAAAGACGCAGCACACACCACUGUCCAUGCUGACAAGGCAGGCAGGCACUUGGGCCAUCACAAACGUAGUCAAGGCAGUCACAGUCACACCACAAGUCAUGGCGGCUCCCCUUCUGCAGGUCAUAAGGGACAAGAACAAGACUCAGUGGAGCACGGGCCGACGCUCAGUAGAGAGGAGCAGGGCUCAUACCCCACAGUCCGGUUCAGUCCCACCAACAGAUCUCCAGUCCGGAUGAUAGAGGACGGUGAGCAGCCUCGGAGACAGUCCCAGACCCUCCACAACUACCAGUCUCAGGAUGAGGAGGGAGACACACAAGUGUCUGCCAAAGAGCUGGUGAAGAGCUGCUGUGAGACGGGGGAGAAAUGGGCCUCAACUAAUGGUCACUGCAACAACAUGGGGCCACUCACAAAAGAUAGGCACUCCAUCUGCUGGACUGCCCAACAACAGUGCUGCCACGGUUCCCUGAGAGAAAGCCGGUGUUUGGCUGGAAUUAAUGCAGCCAGAGCAGGAAGUAUGUGUGAAGAGGAUGCCAGCGAUAAAUGUGGGAUCGAUCCGUAUAAAGAGUGCUGUGGCUGCUGCUCACUGGGGCUGCAGUUUCGGAGAGAGGGACAUCCCUGCGUGGCCCACCAGUACCUGGGUUACCACUGCAGACAUGUCUUUCUAAACUGCUGCAAGGGGGAGGAGGACAUGGCCGGCCAUCAAGACGGCUGGCACACUGUCCGAGAGAGGCCCACACAGGAUUCAAGUCCACCCCCUGAAAAAGUGUCUGACAGCCUGUACCCUAAGGAGGCCUUCUCUAUUGGCGUAGAGAGGGAUGGGGGGAACGCAGUGGAGGGUCCUGUUGAGGUUGAGGACAUGGAUGAGUGUCUGAUAUAUGAAGGCAACAUCUGCCACCACAGAUGUGUCAACACGCCAGGCUCUUUCCGCUGUGAGUGCUUCCCUGGAUACGUGCUGCAAGAAGACGCUUUCACUUGUGCACAAGAGACCCUGGACGAGGAGAACAGACUGAAGGAGGAUGACAGAGCAGCAGCGGAGACGACAUCGCCGCUUCCACCUCGGUCGCAGGCCACUGUCCCAGUCAACCCUUGUGAAGGGAACGGCCCCUGUGAGCAACACUGCACCCCAGUGGGCGCGAGGCCACAUUGUUCCUGCUCCCCAGGAUUUACCCUGAGGGCCGACGGACGCUCCUGUGAAGACAUAAAUGAGUGUUUGUCCGCACACGCCUGCCAGCUGGAUGAACGCUGCGUGAACACUGCAGGGAGUUAUAUCUGUCAGAGACUGAUCUCCUGUCCCCCGGGAUACCACAUCAACAAUUACAUUUGUGAAGAUAUCGACGAGUGCACCCAGAGGAGCCAUAACUGUGGCUUUGGCUUUGCGUGUGUCAAUACUGAGGGCUCGUUCAGGUGCGACUCCAAAGCUCGCUGCUCCGUGGGCUUUAACCAUGAUGCACAGGGCAAUUGUAUAGACAUUGAUGAGUGUGGUGCUUUGGCCCCGCCGUGCAGCGCAGCAUUUAACUGCAUCAACACAGCAGGCUCCUACAUGUGCCACAGGAAGAUCAUAUGUAGCCGUGGCUAUCACUCCAGCCCCGAUGGAUCCCGAUGUGUCGAUGUGGAUGAGUGUCAGAGCGGUCUGCAUCGGUGUGGAGAGGGCCAGCUGUGCCACAAUCUGCCUGGUUCCUAUCGCUGUGAAUGUCCAACAGGCUUUCAGUACGACUCGUUUAGGAAGACGUGUGUAGAUGUGGACGAGUGUUGGCGCUACCCGAGCCGUCUGUGUGCUCAGACCUGUGAGAACACCCCGGGCUCCUAUGAAUGUUCAUGCACCUCUGGCUUCCGCUUAUCCGGCGAUGGCAAGACCUGUGAAGAUGUGAAUGAGUGUUUGUCCAACCCGUGCAGUCAGGAGUGUGCCAACGUCUACGGUUCCUACCAGUGCUACUGCAGACAGGGCUACUACCUCAUGGAGGACGGGCACACCUGUGAAGACAUCGACGAGUGUUCCCAGAGCAUCGGACACCUCUGCACCUACAAGUGUGUGAACGUCCCGGGCAGUUACCAGUGUGCGUGUCCAGAAUCUGGCUACUCCAUGUCUCCGAGUGGACGCUCCUGCAGAGAUAUCGAUGAGUGCACCACCGGGGCCCAUAACUGCUCGCUGGCGGAGACCUGCUACAACAUCCAGGGAGGAUACCGCUGUCUCUCCCUCAGCUGUCCGCCGAACUACCGCAGAGUGUCGGACACGCGCUGUGAGCGGAUCAGCUGUCCCAACUACCUGGAGUGUCAAAACUCGCCCCUGAGAAUCACCUACUACUACCUCAGCUUCCAGUCCAACAUCAUCAUCCCCGCUCAGAUCUUCCGCAUCGGACCCUCCCCUGCCUACUCUGGAGACAACGUCAUCGUCAGCAUCACACAGGGGAAUGAGGAGAACUACUUCAGCACCAGGAAGCUGAAUGCCUACACGGGCGCCGUGUACCUGCACCGGCAGGUGGAAGGUCCCAGAGAUUUCCUGCUGAACGUGGAGAUGAAGCUUUGGAGACAGGGGGCGUUCACCACGUUCCAGGCCAGGAUCUAUGUCUUCAUCACAGCCAACCCACUCUAACAGCCGGAGCUGGUCAGUGGCCACUAUGGACCUUAAUACAGCUCAUGAGGACAUUUAACAUCACUAUUUAACAAUGUCGUAAUAUGCCACCGGCGGCUGUGAUUGGUUUGAUUAGUUAUUCUUACUCAUGUCCAGUUUAAACCAAUAUUGAAACUUUGCUGUAGAGUAGUAAUAUGAAUGUCUGUCAUUUGUCAGGUUCUAUUUCACUGCUACUUGAACUGCAAAUAAUAAUUUCCGUGGCUGACAAAAAAACAUUCAAAACACUUUCCUCAUUUUCAAAGCUUUUUUGAAAUUUGAAUAUAAAAUAAUACAUAUGGAGAUACAAAUAUAUUUAUGAUACUACGUACAAGAAUGACAUGUUGUUGUCAUUGCAUUGAUGAUCUUAACCACGUGUGAGUAAAAUAUAAAAAAAACGAUAACAGACAUCCUCUAGCUUCUUCCAGCUUUUUUGAGAUAUAUAUUUAUCUUAGUUUUCUGCACCAUCGUUGUGUUCUCAGAUUGUGUGUAAUAUGAAAGACGAUUGUGAAAGCAAGAGAAAUUGUUUUGUAAAGUUUCAUUACAGUGCCUGAGCAACUUUGCCUGUUUUCUUUUAACUUGCGCUGCUGUUUUUGUUUUGUCUUUGAUGUGUUUCAAAACCUAAUUUAACAUUAUUCUACAUGGUGUUGUUUUUUAUAUAUUCAUGUAAUCACACACAUUAUACAACAGAUGGCUGUAUCAUAUUUUCUAUGCUAGAUUCAUAAGCAUAAAAGUAUUUUAGUAAAAUAUAUAAAAACAUCA